CGAAGAGGCACAAAAUGGGGUCUUUUCCGUCCCGUAUCCGGCUUCUCCUCACGGCCCCGACGGAAAAUUAAAAGCGUAUCAUACCGCCAAGAAAAUAGGCCGUCAGAGCGAAGGAUAGACCAACCUGGGUGCUGACAGUUGCAAUCGCUCCAUGAUAUCGGCUCGGCUACUGGUGGGCGACGCUGCUUGUCCCCAGGCAUCCCCCGCAGCUGGAGCGAGCGGGCGUAUCGCAGCAGGCCGAUGGCCCUCCGAGACGGCACGGAGAUGCGGCCGAGGGCGAGCCAAGCAUCGCGCCACUUAAACCCCUCCUUGUGCCUGACUCGGAUAUAUACGAGGGGAUGCGCCAUCCGUCCCAGCGAAUUAUCUGAUCACACCCGCUGCCAGUGUCAGUUAAACAGUAGACGGUACUUCGGCCAGCACAAGCUAUAGUCACGGGCCAUUACACGAAACUCGGCAAGAUGAGCGCUCUCGACCUGCGGCUCCCGGAGCCCUUUGCCAGCAUCCCACGGGAGGCCUUAACUUUCGGGCCAUCGCCAAUCCAGCAAUUGGCUCGCAUAUCCGAGGCCCUGGGUGGAAAGGUCAACGUAUACGCCAAACGCGACGAUUGCAACUCGGGUCUAGCAUAUGGCGGCAACAAGACGCGCAAGCUUGAGUACCUCGCGGCAGAUGCCCUGGCCCAGAAGGCCGACACGCUCGUCUCCAUCGGCGGCGUGCAGUCCAACCACACACGCCAAGUCGCGGCAACAGCCACCAAGCUGGGGCUGCGGGCAGUGCUAGUGCAGGAGCACUGGGUGCCUGACUGGUCCGAUCCCGUCUACGACAAGAUCGGCAACAUCCAGCUGUCGAGGUUGAUGGGCGCCGACGUGAGGCUGGAUCCCUCGGGCUUCGGCAUCGAGCACAAAAACUCGCUCGCGGCCGCCGUCGCUGACCUGGAGGCGAAGGGCAAAAAGCCGUACUCGAUCCCGGCGGGCGCGAGCGACCACCCGCUGGGCGGGCUCGGUUUCGCGCGGUGGGCAUUCGAGGUGGAGGCGCAGGAGAAGGAGCUGGGCAUCUUCUUCGACACCGUCAUCGUGUGCGCCGUCACGGGGUCGACCUUUGCGGGCAUGGUGGCGGGCUUCAAGCUGGCGCAGAAGCGCAACGGCUCCAAGCCCCGCCGGGUGAUUGGCAUCGACGCGUCGGCGACGGUGCCGCAGACGCGCGAGCAGGUGCUGCGGAUCGCGAGGGUGACGGGCGCCAAGAUCGGGCUCGAGGGCGACGACAACGUGACCGACGCCGACAUCGAGCUGGACGACCGCUACCACGGCGGCACCUACGGCGUGCCCGACGCGCGCACCAUCGACGCCAUCAAGUUUGGUGCCAGCACCGAGGCCUUCAUCACGGACCCCGUCUAUGAGGGCAAGUCGCUGGCCGGCAUGAUGGACAUGAUCCGCAUCGGCGACAUCAAGCCCGGCAGCAACGUGCUGUACGCCCACCUCGGCGGCCAGCUGGCGCUCAACGCCUAUUCGGAGAUGUAGGCAAUCGAAUUGGGAUGAAGCAUGGCGUUGGUCUGUAGAUGGGUCGGUAGGUACCUGGGAUCUGAGGUUAUAUAAUCAUAGGCUGUAAUUCCAAGCCCAUGGCUACCUCUAGGUAGGCGAC